AUACAUAUAUAAACAAUUAAUACCAAAGAAAAGAUAUAAGCUGGUGCUUCCUAGCAAACGUGAUAGUGCUGCAGAUAUUGCCACCCUAAGCACCUGCCCGGAUUCGCAGACUCCACAGUGAAUUGUACAUAUCAAAAUGAUUCUGUCACCUGGGGAUUGCCAAUGUCCUCUCGUGGACGAAGGUGUUUCCCUAGUCAAUUCGCCGAUAUGCAGUGGCGCCAUUUACUUCAUGGUCCUCCUUGAAGCGUUCUUGAAAGGUCGCUGCCAGAUCGCCACGCCCUGCCAGAGGAUAGAGUCUGUUGCUGAUGUUGAAUCGGACUAUGAUUUCAUAGUUGUUGGCGCGGGUUCUGCUGGAUCCAUUGUAGCAGGAAGACUUAGCGAGGUGGAUAAAUAUAAGGUAUUGCUCAUCGAAGCCGGUAGCCAAGAACCCAUCGGGGCACGCCCGCCGUCGUUCUACCGCACAUUUUGGUGGAACGAGGAGUUGGACUGGCAGUACCGCACAGUGCCUGCAAACUAUUGCCUGGAUCAAGAGGGCAAGGGAUGUAUGUGGCCCAGAGGAAAAGUACUUGGCGGGUCCAGUCUUCUCAACGGAAUGAUGUACCACCGAGGCCACCCCGCGGACUACGAUGAUUGGGUGCAAGCCGGCGCGGACGGCUGGUCCUGGGACGAGAACCGGCCGUACUUCGACAUGACUGAAGGCAACAGGGAAAUAGGCUCGCUCGUCAGCGAAAAGUAUCACUCUAGCACUGGGCCUUUGCCCGUUCAGCAGUUCAGAUAUCAACCUCGCGCCGCAUACGUGCUCCUGGACGCUAUCAAUGAGACUGGCCUGCCAAUAAUUGCAGACAUGAACGACCCCAAUACUCCUGAUGGAUUUACCAUCGCCCAAGCUUUUACAGAGGACGGACAAAGAUACACAACAGCUAGGGCGUUCCUGAAACCCAAAUCAGAGAGAAUCAAUCUAAGUGUGAAACUAAACUCUCAAGUGACAAAGGUUUUAUUUAAGAGAAAACGUGCUAUUGCUGUAGAAUACAUCGAUGAAAGCGGACAAAAGAAGACUGUGCACGCUCGUAAGGAGAUCAUAUUAAGUGCAGGUGCACUAAACAGUCCGCAUAUUCUAUUACUAUCAGGUGUUGGUCCCAAGGAUGUUCUCAAAAAAUUCAAUAUUCCUUUAGUUGAAGAUCUUCCCGUUGGAAAAAACUUAAGAAAUCAUUACGGAAUUACUUUAUACUUCAUACUCACAAAACUGAAUAACACAGAAGUUCUGGAUUGGAGUAUUUUAACUAGUUAUUUGUUAGAAAUGGAGGGACCCAUGUCUGGUACAGGAGUCACACAGUUAACAGGGCUGUUAUACUCGAGUUUGGGAGACAAAGGACGAAAGCAGCCAGAUCUUCAAUUCUUCUUUAACGGCUUUUACGCGGAAUGUUCCAAAACCGGUCAGGUAAACGAAGAACGCGAAGAUGGAUACACCGCAAGAAAUGUAUCCGCGAACGCAGCGCUGCUACUGCCUCGUAGCGUGGGCUACCUCACGCUGAACUCUUCCCACCCGCUGGACCCGCCGCUCUUCUUCCCUAAUUACUUCGAGCACCCAGAAGACUUGACCAUGAUCAAGGACGGCGCCAGAUACUUACAGAAGAUAUUUGAAUCUGACACUCUCAAAAACAAAUACGGUCUGCAACUCGACCACAAGACGACCGAGAAGUGUUCGAAGUUCGCUAGUUGGUCAGACGAGUGGAUCGAGUGCAUGGCUCGAGUGAACACCGACCCGCAGAACCAUCAGCUGGGCACCGCCGCCAUUGGCCGAGUGCUCGACACGCAGCUCAGAGUUUACAACAUUAAAGGUUUGCGAGUGAUCGACGCUUCGGCGAUGCCCACACAGCCGACCGGCAACCCACAGGGCGCCAUCAUGAUGGUGGCCGAGAGGGGAGCCGCUUUCAUAAAGGACACUUGGCAAUAACAUCGGUUACUCAUUUACCUGAUUACGUUCAGUGACACACUAACUCUAGUAGUUAUUCUUUGAGUAUAUGUGACAAGGACAAGUAAACAACGAUAACUAUGAGAUACUUACAACAAGUGGAUAGUUUCGUACACACCACACAGUACACAAAAGAAACAAUACAUGAGAAUGCUCUAUAUCUUUAUCUUCAUUGAUAUUUCCAUAAACUUUGCUCAACGGAACUAAAAUAAUGUUACUCAAAAAAAAGAACUGAAGCUGUACCACAACGAUAUUAAGCUGUACCAUAAUUGAUGAUAAAAAAAUCCCCUUCUUUCGAUGACGAAAUCAGACCGUUAUUAUAAUAUUUUACAUCCCCUCGCGGUAUGGUGACAAUGUUAUAUAAUACCAUUCUUUGGUGUGUGUUGAAAAUAUUUAGGUAUUCAGUUAUUAACAAAGACAGUAAACCAGGGAUUGGCAAACUACGGCCCGUGGGCCAUCUUCGGCCCUUGAAUGGCUGAAAUCCGGUCCGCGAUCAUCAAACAAAAAUUAAAGGUUCUCACCAAAAAUACCAUGCUGCCGUACCUGCUACCUUGUUACUGCUGCUGAGCCGCAGGGUGAGGGGCAUUCGUUACCGAGUUAUAUUUUUAUUUAAUUUAUACCUACAUACCAAGGGGGUGUAAAUCGGCAAGUCGUAUAACAUGAGUAAAAACCUAGCCCGCCAUACAUUGUGAUCGUAAAUAUUGACACGAGAAGGUAAGUUUGCCCAUCCCUGCAUUAAAGUCAUUUUAUAUAUAUUUCAAUCUGUCUUUGACUAUUACUUUUAUUAUUUUCAUGGAUAACACAUUGAAAAUGUAGAUAUUUACCUGAAUCUUUUUUGUUCACCAAAAAUUUUGUCGUCGGUUGUGUAUAAUAUGAAGGUACCUACCUACUUACUAUUAUUAACAUAAGCAAUUAAUUAUAGUUUAUCGAUGAUAUACCUGCUAUUAAAAGCUGUCAAUUACCUA